ACUUCCUUUUCUACAUCAGUAGGCCAGUCCAAUUUCUCCCAUUCAUUUUAAUACCAGUGGUCUAUCUUGGGCCAAAUAGUCUCUGAUAAUACUCAUCCUGCUGUUGGAAACUCUCAGAGAAGACCAGGAGACUCUGGUAAAUCUGUAGCAGGAUUCUUUAUUGUGGAAGAUCAGGAGCAUCAGUCUGCAUGUCAGAAUGUGCUGUCUUGCGCUGCAGUCAUCAAGUCUGACUUUUUGUGGCAUACAUUGGAGUUUUAUAAAAAUGUUAGGGGUCAGUCCUUACAAGUAGAGACAAAGCACUCAGAUAACAACCUAAAACAAAGAAUGCAGGGGGAUUAGGCAGUUAUAGAAACUAGGGAUGUGCACAGUUACUGUUUUUAUCAUUCGGUUAUCCGUGAGGGUUUACGAACUGUUAAUAAUUUUUUGUCGGGAUGCUGGAAUAAAGAAUGUUUAUUGCAAUGGAAUUUCCUAAAACACUACUCAAAACAGCAGCAAAAAAAGUGCACAGUGAGUUAGGAGCCCAAAUAGUACAAUACAUAGAUCAUCUAAUGAUAAAAUCUCACAUUAAACUCAAACGAAAAUAAUCAAAAUGGCUCUAAAUGUGCUGUAUAUGCAGGGUUGGGAGGGUUACUUUUGAAAUGUAUUCCACUACAGAUUACAGAAUACAUGCUGUAAAAUGUCAUUUGUAAUGUAUCCCGUUAGAUUACUCAAGGUCAGUAACGUAUUCUAAAUACUUUGGAGUACUUUUAGAUUUUUUCACUUGUUUUGACUAUAAUAACUCUGCCAGUACAGUAAGACAAAAUACACAUGUUAAAAAUACAUUCUCUGAAAAACCUAAAUAUCUUAUGCAGUGUUGUUUCUAAAACAAGAUAAAUCAAAUUGAUCUGAACUUGACCCCAUGUGACAAAAGAGGAAGAUGGCGCCGGUGUGUGUGGCUUGCCGUCUGCUCCCCUCUCUGUCUUCGUUUCUUUUACUUUUUAUUUUAUUUAUGUAUAGUUAUUCUUCGCUGGUUUAUGAUCGCCAAACUCUGCUUUAUAUACAAAACUCAGUUGCUAAGAUUUCCAUGCUUAAUCUGAGUGGAUUUCACUUUUGCUUGCCUCCCCCCUCACCAAACAUCCCUGAUUACCUGCGCUGGAGGGCUUUUGAACUUCCGCGGAGGAAGCGCCGCAGGAGACGUGGCAAGCGAACAGGUGUCACGGUUAGGUGGAAGUACGGCCUGGCUUCGGAUCUUGCUCACCGGUCCGGUUCGGCCCUUCCAACACCAGAUCUCUUCUGCCGACGGCACGUUGUAUGGCACUCACUGGAGAUACCUCAUCGAUGGAUUCACUCGCUUUCCCCUGGCUCGUCUGCCAGGACCCCCCGGUGCAUUUCACCAAGGAUACGCAGAGGAGGAGUUAACAACCUUAAUCUCCGCACCAUCAGCUGUGUAACAGCUACUGCUAGUGAACCAUUACCACUUAGGAUUGCACUUACCAACGCACGGUCUUUGGUAAACAAAACUUUUAUAUUACAUGACUUUUUUAUUUCACAAAGCUUGGAUCUUCUCUUUGUCACAGAGACUUGGAUUAAAAUGGGAGACUUAAGUCUGUUUUCUGAACUAGUCCCUCCGGACUGCAAAUUUUUUUAUUCCCCUCGGACCACUGGUCGCGGUGGAGGUCUGGCUUCUGUUAUAAAAAACAUACCUACAGCUAUAUAUCAUAGCUUUGAGGUUUUGUUGUUCCAUAUGGAACUUGGUGAUCCAGUGUUGUUCAUAUUGAUCGACCGACCUCCACAACCAAACAAGGAUUUUAUCAAUGAAUUCACUGAUUUUCUGGGGGGGAUUGUGACAAGCUUUGAUAGCAUUAUACUUUUGGGUGAUUUUAACAUUCACUUAUGCUGUGCUUCCAAUCCACUAUCUAAGGAGUUUUCAACCCUUAUUGACACCUUGGAUUUUGUUCAAUGGGUAAAUGGCCCCAUGCAUUCACAUGGUCAUACUUGGUAUUAACACAUGGAAUAUCUGUUGACAGCAUUGAAAUCUGUGACAACACCUUUUCUGAUCACAAUCUGAUCCUGUUUUCAACCUCUUUCUCUGACUCUGUGGUGAAAGUCCCAUCUCAGGUACAUUUGUCACGUAUAUUUUCUCCACGCUCCUCUAUAGACUUCUCAAAUGCAUAUAACAAGGUCCGUAAACCCCUGGAUUUUGCAUCUCCAUCAAAUAAUUGGGAUGCUGAGGAACAUCUCAACUUAUUCAAUUCCAUCUGUUGAAAUACCUUAAACUCUAUAGCCCCACUAAAGUCACGUCACCGAAAACCGAAAUCAGAGCCCUGGUUUAUUGACACUAUGCAAUCACUCAGGCAGAUCUGCCGGCAGGCAUAACGUAAAUGGAAAAAGGACCAUCUACAAGUGUCUUACGAAAUAAUGAAGAAUGCACUGUCCACCUUCCAAAAAGCUGUCAAAUCUGCUAAGUCAAAAUAUCUAUCAGAGAUUAUAACUAAAAACUCCCAUAGACCCAGAACUCUUUUCUCCACCAUGAACACAGCUUUAAAUCCUAUUACAACUAGUUUUCCUGAGACAUCAGUGUCUAUGUGAAAAUUUUCUGAAAAGGUUACCAGUAUUCGAUCUCAGCUGCUGCCAGAUGUUCAUGACCUGGUUGAGACUCCAUCCUGUUCCGAUGUUUGGAGUGAAUUUGAGCCUGUUUCUCUCCAAUUAUGCAGAGAAAUCACUGAACAUCUAAAGCCUUCCUUAUCUCCAAAUGAUGUCGUACCACCAAGUUUUCUCAAGCAAAUAUUUGACACUAUUGGUCCAGAUUUACUGUCUGUUAUUAACAACUGUCUCUGCACUGGGACUGUCCCGACUUGCCUUAAACGUGCAACGGUGACACCUCUCCUCAAAAAACCCACUUUGGAUCCCGCUAUCUGUGCCAAUUUUAGGCCUAUCUCUAACUUGCCUUUUAUUGUGAAGAUCAUGGAGAAAGCAGUUUUAAACCAGUUGCAAUCAUUUUUAAAUAUGAACUCUAUCCUUGAACCUCUCCAGUCGGGUUUCAAAGCUUUGCAUAGUACAGAAUCUGCUCUACUAAAAGUACUAAAUGACAUCUUAAUGACUACAGACUCUGGGAAUGUCAUGGCCCUGGUCCUCUUAUAUCUUAGCUCAGCAUUUCAUCUGGUUGACCACAAUAUCCUUAUUUCACCCCUUGAGCAUUGUGUUGGUAUUCGAGGUACGGCUCUGGAUUGGUUCCGGUCAUAUCUAUCAGACAGAAGCUUCUCUGUUGCAGUGGGCCAGCACACCACCUCUGUGGCACCGCAGGGCUCGAUCCUCGCUCCAACCCUAUUUUCUUUAUAUAUGCUUCCUAUGGGUGCAAUUUUUAACAAAUAUGGGGUGUCAUUUCAUUGUUACGCUGAUGACACACAGAUCUAUGUACCUAUAAAACGUCAUGACAAACAAGCUCUUGACCCUCACUUAGCUUGUCUGCAGGAACUCAAAACCUGGCUGACAGAUAAUUUAAUGAGAGUAAAACAGAAAUUAUCCUGUUUGGACCAAACGAGCUUAAAACAGUGAACAACAUUGACUUAGGUAUUCUCACUCCUCAUCUCACUUCUCACGCUAAGAACCUAGUGAAUGUGAGAACUAGAGAACUAAGAACUAGGCUUUGUCUUUGAUAGUAGCCUAAAGUUCGACAAACAAAUUAACGAAGUGGUUAGAUCGAGUUUUUUCCACCUACGUCGCCUAGCUAAAACAAAAUCUUUUCUAUCCUGGAAAGCUUUUGAAAUUGUGAUCCAUGCUUUUAUUUCUUCACGCUGUGAAGAUUACUGUAAUUCUCUGUACUCUGGCCUGCACCAAUCAGCUCUAUCCCAUCUGCAGAUGGUCCAAAAUGCUGCGGCACGACUUUUAACGGGCAGUCUUAAACAUGAACACAUCACUCCCAUCCUGAUCUCCUUGCACUGGUUGCCUAUUAGAUUUCGAAUUGAUUUUAACAUUUUAACAUUUGUCUAUAAAUCAUUAAACAAUCUGGCACCCCAUUAUCUCUGUGAUUUGGUUUGUCCGCAUAACUCAACCAGAUCGCUCAGAUCCGGGGACGUGGACUUCUGUCUGUUCCUAGAUCCAGGAUGAAGCAUAGAGGUGAUCGUGCUUUUUGUAUCACUGGCCCCAAACUGUGGAACAGCUUACCAGAUUACCUCAGGACUGCCUCCUCUUUAUCUGUUUUUAAAUCGUUGCUUAAAACUUUCUUAUUUUCAUUAGAUUUUAAUUUAUCUUAAAUCAUGGUUAAGCUGUGAAACUGCCUUACUACCUAUGUUUUAUUUCUGCUAUACUGUCUUGCCUGUGAUGCCACUGUACAGCACUUUGGUCAACCAUAGUUGUUUUUAAAUGUGCUCUAUAAAUAAACGUGAUUUGAUUUGAUUUUGUCUAAUUAUUGUCUGUAAAUAUGCACACCAAAGCAAAAGGGAAGAAACACCGUCUUACUGGUAAUAACGCACUGAAACGUUCCUCGAUGAAAAACAACCUGGAAUCAUGUUUAAUGGUGUAACAGUCUCAUGAAGUCCUCUUUGCAACCUGAACUACUGAAUGCAGCACAAUGCAGCACAACGCAUGAAAUAAUGCAGGUGUUUCAUGAUACGUUUAUAAAAAUGAUAGUUCUUUUUAACUCUACUUGAUGUCUAAAAAUGUGGCGAUCUUGCGCAAGACGCUUUAAGAAAAAAUGGUGAGAUUUGGCGCAACAGUCAAAGUGUCCGUCCAGCGCAUGUUAACAGUAUACAGUAAAAAACCGCAGACACACAGAAAAGCAUGUUUGAACAGCCAGCCCUCGACUCGUCCUAUACUUGGAAAAACUGACCAAAAACCACACGGUUUGUCAGAACUUCGAGUUCGGGUCAGGAUGAAGACCUCUAUUGCACAUGUAGAAUAACUUGAAUUGUGAUUUUGGUAUUCGAAUAUUGGCGCAUUUAGCAGUUAACCGAAUGUCGACUCUCCGUGCACAUCCCUAAUAGGAACCCGCCACAGACUGAUGUUUCACCCGCCCUAAUCCAAUCAACAACUACAUCACUCAUAGCCCUUUUCCACUGAAAUGACAAUGGUUCUCGUGCUGAGCCUGUGCUCCACUGGUUCACAGCCGAGGCAGUCUGGAGCUAUUUGUAAACCGGCUGCGCUUUUCCACUGACUUGAGAACCGAACGAUGACAUAACGGGCUUCGUGGUUGUUUCACAUGACUACCUCACCUGCCCACAAACAAACACAGUGUUUGUAUACAAUUAUUAUUUGAAUGUUAUCACCUAUCUAUAAAAGCUGUGUUUCAUUUAACAUGGGGAUUGUGCCUGAUGAAGAUCUGACUGGUCGAAAUGUUGCCUUUUUGUAAUAAAGUUUGGAGCUUUAAUUUCAGAAUGUGGACAUCUACCUCUUGACAUUCGUUUACAUUUUUUUGUUCUGCACCUGAGCCCAACAUGGGUUGUAGAUGUGCACACCUGCUUAACUAUUUUUUGUAUACAGCUUUUACUCUUGUUAUUGAGGCCAUAUUUAAACAUACGGAGUAGUGCAAUCCAAUGUUAUUACAUUGCUCUACAAGAUUGCCAGAGACGACAUCUACGCUAAAGGCGACAGGCUAUAAAAGCACUCAAACAUUUUGAGUUUCCUAUUCACAAGAAGCAUCUGCUGACGUAGACCAUGCCUUGCAAAAAAGAGAUCUCAGAAGUCCUACGAUCAAGAAUUGUUGCUUUGCAUAAAGCUGGAAAGGGUUACAAAGUUAUCUUGAAGAGCUUAGAUAUUCGGUUAGACAAAUUGUCUAUAAAUGGAGACGAUUUAGUACUGUGGCUACUCUCCCUUGAAGUGGUCGUCCAGCCAAGAUGACACUAAGAGCACACCGCAGAUUGCUCAGGUAAACUAUGUUUUGUGGACUGAUGAAACUAAGGUUAAAUUGUUUGGGAAGAACAUGCAGGACUUAUGGUGCAAAAAGGGCUGUACCAACAAGAAAACAUCAUCCCUACAGUGGAGGGAGCAUCAUGUUUUGGGGCUGCUUUGCUGGACAAUGUUUUUUCUAAAGAUCGAAGGAAAUUCACUACAGAAUUGCUUCAAAAAAAGAAAAUCCACCUAUUGGAGUGGCCCAGUCAGAGCCCAGACCUUAACUCAAUAGAGAUGCUGUGGAAUGACCUCAAGAGAGCCAUUUACACCAGACAUCAUAAGAUAUAUGUUCUUCAAGGAAAAAUGGUCCAAAAUUUCUUCUGAACAUUGUCCAGGUCUAAUACGCUGCCACCGGAAAUGCUUCAUUGAGGUUAUUGCUGCCAAAGGAGGAUCGACCAGUUAUUAAAUCCAAGGGUUCACUUACUUAUUCCACAACACUGUGAAUGUUUAAUGGGAUGUGUGCAAUAAAAGAUUAUAAUUGUU